UUGUGUUCCUUCCUUGUAUCCAGUAUUCCUGGUAUAGACUCUUACCAGGAUAAAGUGGUUAUUAGGAACCCUGCUAAUGCCACAACAGCGUCCACAGUAAGCCUUAUCUUGGACCACCUUCACCCCAGAACCAUGUCUCAUCUCACGCCUCUUCUGCUCACUCUGUCCCUCGCACUCUCCUCCAGUCCUGUGUAUGGUGAAGCUGCUGGCGUCUUUGAUGAUUCCUCAGGCUAUGGACCUGUGUUUGAGGAGCAGCCAUUUGACACCAUCUACCCCGAGGAGUCUCAAGAAGACAAGAUAAUCAUGAGUUGCCGAGCACAAGCCAGCCCACCUGCCACAUACAAGUGGAGGCUGAAUGGCUGGGACAUUGAGAUCCCGGAGGAGGGUAACGCCCAUUACAGCCUGAUGGGGGGAAAUCUGGUCAUCAGCAGACCUGAUAAGAGCAGUCAUGCUGGGAACUACUCCUGCCUGGCAACAAACAAGUUCGGUACCAUCGUCAGUCAAGAAGCAUCCGUUCAAUUUGGAUAUUUAGACAUGUUUUCCACAGAGGAAAGAGAAGCUGUGUUUGUGAAAGAGGGUCAGGGAGUGGUGCUGUUAUGUGCUCCUCCUCCACAUUUCCCAGAUGAUCUUACCUUCCGCUGGAUGCUGAAUGAAUUUCCCAUCUUCAUCCCGCUGGAUAAGAGACGCUUUGUCUCUCAGACCACAGGAAAUCUCUAUAUCGCUAAAGUAGAGGCUUCUGACAGUGGGAACUACUCCUGCUUCGUCUCCAGCUCAUCUAUCGCCAAGAGUGUCUUCAGCAAGUUCAUCCCUUUAAUCCCACAGACUGAGCGAGGCUCUACUCGGAAGUAUGCAGCCGAUAUAAAAGUGAAGUUUCCGGACACAUAUGCGCUUGUUGGCCAAAACAUCACCCUGGAGUGUUUCGCAUUAGGAAAUCCCGUUCCUCAGAUCAGAUGGAGGAAGGUGGAUGGCGCACUGCCUGUUCAUCAUGAGAUCAACAUAGAAGGUGGACUUCUGCGCCUAUUUAAUGUGCAGUACGAGGAUGAGGGAGCAUACGAGUGUGAGGCACUCAACUCGAAAGGAAAAGACUGGCACAAAGCAAACCUCUAUGUGGAAGCUGCUCCAGAAUGGGUGGAGCACAUCAGCAGCAGUGAGAGGGACAUCGGCAGUCACUACACCAUGUCCUGCAUAGCCAACGGAAAACCCAAACCUCAUGUACACUUCCUGAAAGACGGCCAAAAGUAUGGAAAGCAAGAGUUGCGCUUCACAGACCUGACUUUUGAUGACUCAGGGAUGUACCAGUGCAUUGCUGAGAACCAUCAUGGAGUAAUUCAUGCCAACGCUGAACUGCAAAUUUUCGUGGGUGCUCCUUCAUUUGAGUUCAACCCGGUUAAGCCGAGGCUGCUGGGAGCAAAGAACGGGCACGUGGUGAUUGAGUGCAAACCGAAAGCAGCACCCAGACCCACAUUUUCCUGGAGCAAAGGCACAGAGCUGCUCUCCAAUUCCAGCAGGAUUUUCAUUUGGGAGGACGGAAGUCUGGAGAUCCGCAACGUUACCAAGGCAGAUGAGGGGAAGUACACAUGCUUUGCGGAGAAUGACAGAGGCAAAGCCAACAGCACUGGAUCGCUCUCAGUCACAGAUGCCACUAAGAUCACGCUGGCUCCCUCUAAUGCUGAUGUGAGCGUGGGUGAAAACGCCAGGAUGCAAUGUGCUGCAUCACAUGACUCGAGCCUCGACAUCACCUUCAUCUGGUCACUCAACAGCCAUGCCAUUGACUUUGACAAGGAGAAAGAGUUCUACCAGCACACCACUGAUAGUCAGGCAGGUAUGUCUAGCUGUGUGCUGCUGAUUAAGAACACUCAGCUGAAGCAUGCAGGCCUCUACACCUGCACAGCCCAGACAUCUGUGGACAAUGUCACCGUCUCCGCUGACCUGGUAGUGAGAGGGCCUCCAGGAGCUCCAGGAGGAGUGCGUGUGGAGGAAGUCAGGGUAAAGUCUGUCAAGCUUCUCUGGAGUCAUGGCACAGAUAAUCUCAGCCCCAUAUCCAAAUACACCAUCCAAUACAGAGAGACCAGAACUGAGGAGGAAUGGAAAGAUGCUAUAACCUCUCCUCCUAAUGUAGAAGGAAAUGCAGAGAUGGUCACAGUAGUUGAGCUCCUUCCUUGGACUGAAUACGAGUUUCGAGUCAUUGCUACAAAUACUCUGGGUACAGGAGAACCGAGUGAACCCUCCAGCAAAAUCACCACACUGGAAGCAGCUCCUGUGGUGGCACCCUCAGAUGUAGGAGGAGGUGGGGGAACAAGUAGAGAACUUACCAUCACAUGGACGCCUGUUCACCCACAGUACUACUAUGGAAGUAACUUUGGCUACAUUAUUGCAUUUAAGCCUCAGAAUGGCUCUGAGUGGCUUAAAGUGACCGUAGCUGACCCUCGCGCCAGUCGCUACAUCCACAAAGACCCCUCUAUUCCCCCAGCCACAAAGUUUUUUGUGAAAGUACAGGCCUUCAACAGUGUAGGAGAGGGACCCUACAGCCUCACUGCUGUUAUAUACUCUGCUCAGGAUGCACCCUCAGAGGCUCCCACCAUCUUAGAGGCCAGAACCUUGUCAGCAACGGAGGCCAUUGUGGGGUGGCGACCGCUCACACAGCAGACAGUUGAGGGCUAUCAGGUGAGGUACUGGAGGAAGUCCAUGGAGAACGAAGCAUCAGCACAGCGCAUCUCCAGCAGAGAGAGCCAGAUACGCUUGGACAACAUGAAGCCUAACUCCCAUUAUUUGAUAGAAGUUCGUGCAUUCAAUGGUGCAGGUUAUGGCCCGGCGAGCCAGAGAUUUGAGAUCCAAACAAAGAAAGCACCUCCCAGUCGAGCACCAGUAAUAAUUGGCAGAAGGGUGAAUUCCAGUGGAACCUCAAUCAGCAUUGCCUGGCGGCACGUGGAGGCUUUAGCCAAUGAGUCUACCGUAGAGAACUAUAAGGUUCUGUAUAGACAGGAUGGUCACAGCACCGGGGUGCUGUACACUACGAAUAAGUAUUUCAUAGAGCUGCCACUUCACAAAGAUGGAGAUUACCUGGUGGAGGUGAGGGCACAGAGUGAGGGAGGAGACGGAGCUGUGGCUCAAGUGCGCAUCCCAGCUGAAUGGGCCUCAUCAGCUUCACCCCUGAGCCUCUGUGUCCUGCUGCUGGUGGCAUUGCUCAGCCUGACUCUCUGAAUGUAGCACCGUCUCUCCUCUGCCUUCACUCCCCACAGUGAAGAGGACUCUCACUGGAUGACGCCUUACAGGACUCUUAUUCUAUAAAUUCCUAUGCUCAUCAACAAAUAUUCCAAACCUGGACUGAACUAUGUUGGAAGAAAAGACAAUACCGAAAUAGUCAAAGGACAAGGAUGUAAAGGAUUGAUGUAUUCAGUAUCGACUUAACUAUGAAGCAGCGUCAAAGGAGUUCUCCCUUGUUCAGUAUGCCUUAUGAUCUCGCUUACCCUGCUCGUGGCUGCUUGUGGGUAGAGUGACAUCUGUAUUUCACAAUUCACAACACAAACGUCAAAAGGCUGUUUCAGCUUUAAUUUGAAUUUAAUUGGCUGCUCAUUCUAUAGCACCAAUUAUCCUCUCAGUUGAACUCAUCAUUUUGUUUCUGCAGUGUGUUCUGUACCCAUAAGCGACAUUUGAUGAGAGAUCGGCAUAAGAUGGUCUGAUAGUUAGUUUAGUUUGCAAAUCACUGGAAUUCACUUUUUUUUUUUUAUUUCUGAGCUAAUACUUUCCUUGAUGGAUACAGUCAAAGCAAACUCCUCUGCUACUCCGACUCAAUACAAACUAUACAAGGUUACGCAGAAUAGAAAAUAUAACAAUUUAUUUCAAGCUAGGAUAUGUAUAUGCAAUAAUUUAUAAGCUAUCAAUUUCUUAAUAUAUUUCAAUAUUUCUUUGGUCAUAUUAACAUAUCAUUAAUAGAAAGAUUAUUUUACUUUAAAUAUAUGAUUUCAAAGCCCUUAAAUAAAAGAAAAUGAACAUCGAGAAGUAAGAGAGAUGUGCGCUUAUCGCCUCUGGAGACUGAAGGAGGAUCAUCAGGGGUUAAAAAAUGUAAAUAUAUAUCUUAAUUGCUCAGAUUCUGUACUGAGGAAUAAUUGUGCUUGUAUGUGAACUGUAUGUGUAGGAUACAUAUCCAAACCAUGGUUUAAAAUCCAAACCAGAGGAGUGUGUUUGAGUGUGAGUAGAUGUGCUUGUAAGUGAACUGUGGCAUGAAAAUCCACUGCAGCACAUCAUGGGCCAUAAUCUCACAGCACCUCUGAAUAAGGAUGUGGAUUCACUAAAAUAGCGUCUGAUCACCACUCAUAGUUUAACAAACUCUGUGAUUCCAUUAGUGCUUCAACCAAUAGGCUCUACAGCAUAAGGAAAGCUUUUUUUGUUUUGACUGUAUCUUUGAAUUCUCUGUCAUUUAAAAGGGGUUUGGUUUUUUUUGCUUUUUUUUAAAGAAAGAACAAGAAAAAAGUUAACAUUUUAUCUGAUUUUUUUUUCUCCCCUUGGUGUCAUGUUUGAAGUAGCAGUUGUAUGGUCUGGGACAAGACUGGCUAGAAAGGUUAAGUUUUGAGUGCUAAACCAUUAAAAAAAAAGAAAGGAAAAAAAAUCAUUCCAUUCUGAAAUGAAUAAGGUACUGUAGUUGCUGAAGCAUUUGAAACAUGAGUUGUAUCGCCCAUUGACUUUGUUUGACACUGAUUGCAUUGGAUGAGUGUGUUUGAGGGUGUGGAGGAAAACUCCAGAGACAGGCAGAAUUUUAGCUGAGCUCCAGGCUCGCGUUUAUUCAGUACGUGCUUUUCAGUGUGCUUGCAACAUAAACAGCACAGCAACAGAAGACCAAUCCAUCCCAGACAGGCAGCGUUUCAAGUUCACACUCUUUGACGUGUCUGUGUAUGUGUCUCUCAUGCAAGCUCUGCCAAGUGGUAUCUAUCUAUCUAUCUAUCUAUCUAUCUAUCUAUCUAUCUAUCUAUCUAUCUAUCUAUCUAUCUAUCUAUCUAUCUAUCUAUCUAAUCUCCCAAAGACCCCCCACCCCCAGGUUAUGGGAGUCACUGAAAGCACAAAGAGACACAGAUAAAUAGACUGGUGGUAAUAAGGCAGGUGAGAAUCAUCACGCAUUAUCUGCCAGUUCGACCUGCCUCCUCUCCUCCAGCUGAUGCUCAACCACCACCCUGCUGCCACAACUAGCAAAUAAUUUAUCGCUAAAUGCUUUUGUAACCUAUUGUCUUUCCACAUAUAACUCAUUAGAGAUAUACUAACCUGUCAAGUAUAACUGCAUUUCAUUUAUUAAUACAUGAAGAUUUGUUACUUGUUUGAUAGUUCCUCCAACUAAAAAUGCAUUUCUAUUUUGACAUUUUAAAAGAAAUUCCACCUGACAGUAUUUUCUGAGAAGAAAAUACAAAGUUCAUAUUACCACAAAUAGACCCUUUGUACUUCUACGAGAACAAGAUUUCUACCUUUUUUUUUUUUUUUUAAAUUUCCCAGGCUAAUUUAUGACAAAUGUAAUUUCUUGUUUUUGUUUUAUGAUGUGGAACAUCGAGUAUAUUGGAUUUUGACAUCUCACAUGGACUGUCUGUGUGCAUAUUAGCCUUUGCUUCAUCAUUUUUGUAAUAUUCAGAGAUCACCACAAAGUGCUUUCUCUUUCCCUGUUUACUUCAGGCAACAGCAUCAUCAAUGUAAAAAAAAAAAAGCCAAAUGCAUGAAAGCCUUUAAACUUAAUUAUGGCAAUCAGCAAUUAUUUGGAGUGCUAUGGUGUGCCCUCAGAAGCAUGAUCUGGAAAUGAAUGGUUCAAUCCAUUUGCAUUAGAAUGCCAUACUCAUUUGUGAUGAAGGUGACUCAUGUAACUCAGCUUCUUCUGAUCUGCCCCUGGCAGUCAAUAAAAAGUGCGUUCAGGCUGAAUGACAGGUUGCGUGGAUGAAAUGUAACCCGUGAGUCAUUAUCUGCUUCAUUGAAGCCAUUCUUCUCAAUUAAAGUUUAU